CUUAAGUUGACACUUAUGUAGCUAGGCGCAACACUUGGUCCUAUUGUUACCGACAAUGCGAAUUCCGGCGCCCUUUCGAGCAUGCUUUGGCUCUACGGCACAAGAACCCAACGCUGCUAAAAACACUAGAGCCAUAAGCGAUAGUAAGCUGUUCAGACCUGAUUAUAUGCCAGAGCCCUCUCGAAAUGGUGUGAAUGAGUCAGACGUGCGCCAAGAGCGUUUCCCAGCUGAAGCAAUGGCGACAACGAGCAUUGCAGAUUCUAGUUUGUUUAGGGGUGCUCCAUCCAGAACCAAGUCUGGCCUAAACGCGUAUCGCGUUUCUAUCCAGAGAGAUAACGUCAGGCCUUGCGACGCGCUGAACAUUCUGGAAGGCCUACGUUUAACUCAAAAGGAGCUAGGGCGUGGCACUUAUGGCAUUGUAGUCCCAGGUCACUACCGUGGCUUGCCCUGCGCGGUCAAGGUGAUGCUGUCGAAGGGUUUGGACCGAGCAGCCCUGCGAGAGCUGCUACUGGCGCCCAGCUUGGUGCACCCUAACAUUGUAUCGGCCUUUACCAGUCGCUGUGCAAUUCUCACGGACGAAUUUUUCGACUAUCUGGAGGGGGAAAGGCAAGAGGAGCCCGACGCCACUCGGCCACGGGUGAUUGGACCCGUUCCCAUCCUCUCAGGCGACGGCUUCGGCGACCCGGCCGGUGCGGACGACGGCGGAGUGGACCCUCUGCUGGUGCUGCACCAGAUCCUGUUUGAGCUGAGGGCCAAGAUCGGUCAGAUGGUGGUGGUGGUGGUCCAGGAGUAUUGCGACAAGGCCACCCUGGGGGGGGCUCUGGAGCGGGGGCUCUUUACCCCGGGGCACGUGUGGCAGGAGCGGGUGGCGGUGCGGGCGCUGCUGCGGACCGCUGCGGAGGUGGCGCGGGGGCUGCUGCACCUGCAUGAUGCGGGGGUGGUGCAUGGGGACAUCAAGCCCGCCAACCUGCUCCUCAGCAGCUCCCGCAAGGACCGCCGGGGCUUCACUGCCAAGGUUGCCGACUUUGGCUUGUCCCACGUGCUACCCCAGGCGGCCAGCAGCGUGCUCACGGACACGUGGGGCUCAGUGGCUUACAUGGCACCGGAGAGCUUCACGGGCACGGUGAGCCGCGCAGCCGACGUGUGGUCGUACGGCGUGUGUUUGUGGCAGAUGCUGACCAGCAGGCGACCCUACGCGGACAUGCGGCAGGCCGCGGUGGUCAUGGGUGUGUCCGAGGGCUCCCUGCAGCUGCCCUGGCCGCCCGCCACCGCCCUCACCUCGGGCCUCAUCGCGCUGGGCCGCCGCUGCCUCAGCCACGACCCCGCCGCCCGCCCCCCGCUGGCGGAGGUGGUGGAGGAGCUGGUGAGGGUGGAGCAGCGGAUACGGCAGGAGGCGAUUAGCGGGAAGCAACAGGGGGAGGAGGGGGAGCAGGGGGAGGGGCAGAAGGAGGGGCAGGAGGGGGGUAUUGUACGGCAGAGGAUGUCCCGGGAACAGCUGGGGCAGCAGACACGGCAGCAGCAGCAGCAACAAGAACAGCAGCAGCAGCAACCGGCGAGGGAGCAGCAGGAGGAAGAGCAGGCGGAGCAGCCCCCCGCGCCCCACCACCAGCAGCAGGAGCAGCAGCUGCUGCCAUCAGAGUAUUUGUUGCGGCUGCAGAUGCCUGCGGGCGGAGGGGCGGUGCGGGUGAUUAGGCAUGUGGCUGGGGAGGGCGGCAGAAACGUGAAGGAGGGGGAGGAGGCGGGGGUGCAUCAACCUAAGGCGGCCUCAGCAGGGGAGGGAGCCCCGGGUGCUGCUGGGGAGGAAGCAGACGCAGCCGAAGAAGAAGAUGCAGUGGAGGGCGACUGUGACACGGCGCACCUCUCAUCAGUCGGUCUGGCAGCCAGCAGCAAGGGGCCGCUCGGCAGCAGGGGGGGUGUGCCGGUCAGGAGCAGGAGGAGCAGGAGGAGGAG